UUCUACCGCAGCGGCGCCGCCACUAUCUCUCUCUUUCGCCUCAGCUUCGGCGACCUGACCGCCGGGGACAGGACGCGACGAGCCAGCCAGCCAGCCCUCCGCCUUCCACCGAAGCUGAGAGUAGUGGGGCGGAGAUCCAUCUAGUUCGUCAUUUGCUGGUGGCAGGUAACCCUAGCUCGCAUGUCGUCGCGGCUGUGCGUGAAGAACCUGCCCAAGGGCGCCGACGAGAGGCGGCUGCGGGAGGUGUUCUCGCGGAAGGGAGAGGUUACUGACGCCAAGGUCAUCCGUACCAAGGAUGGCAAGAGUAGGCAAUUUGCAUUCAUUGGUUUCAGAACCAAUCAAGAGGCUGAGGAGGCAAUGAAGUAUUUCAACAAUACAUACAUAGACACUUGUAAGAUAACCUGUGAGGUUGCUCGUAAGAUUGGUGACCCUGAUGCUCCACGCCCUUGGAGCCGCCAUUCUUUAAAGAAGCCCGAAUAUGAUAGUAAAGACAAGACUAAUGCCGGACCUGUUGAUGUACUGCUGAAAAGUUCCAAGGGACAAGAAACAUCUGCUGAUGUUAGAGGUUCUAAAGGCAGUGUAGCUAAUGAUCCCAAGUUCCAAGAGUUCCUUGAAGUUAUGCAGCCCCGUUCUAAAGCAAAGAUGUGGGCAAAUGAUACAUCUGGUACUCUUGAUACUGCUGCAAAAGAUAGCAUGGUGGUUACUGAGAAGUCUGAGAUACCUCAAAAGAAUGUUCCGGUUUCUGAGAAUGAUUCAUCUUAUGAAGAUUGUUCAGACGAGGAAAUGACAAAUGAUUUGCCUUCCAAAGAUGCUUCAGAGGAGCUACAAACAGAGAGUAAACGAGACAACAAUAUGACAGACAUGGAUUUCUUCAAGAGCAAAAUCAAGAAAAAUUGGUCAGAUUCUGAAUCUGAUGAUGAAGAUUCGGGUGACCAGUCAGACACCAGCAUUGAUAAUGAAGACUCAUCUGAUGAAUUAGACGAUGCAGAUGAAAGAAGUCAAUUGAUAGAUCCAAAGGGCAAUCUGAACAAGAAUAAUAAUGUGAACAAGGACACUCACGUCAAACAUACUGACUUGCAAGAGGUGGAAGAUCCUGAUAAUCAAUUGCGUGCAGAUGUUGUUGGACAACAAAAAGAAACUGAAAAUCAUGACAAUCAAGAAAGGGAGGAUGAAGAAGCUGCUUUGAUUACUGAUGAAAAGAAGUUGGCUCUGGAAACUGGCCGUUUAUAUUUCUGCAAUCUUCCAUAUGCAACGACUGAAGAUGAUUUGGUGGAGUUGUGCCGCCAGUAUGGUGAUGUUGAACAGGCACAUAUUGUAGUCGAUAAAACUACUAAGCUCUCAACAGGCAGAGGUUAUGUGCUUUUUAGCCUUCCAGACUCAGCAGUCAGGGCACUUGAUGAAUUAGAUAACUCAAGCUUUCAGGGCCGAUUAUUACGUGUUAAGGCUGCUAAACCACAAAAUAAUAAGAAGUUGGAGUCUAGUCAUGUAACUGUUGAAGAGAAAAUGAGUCUCAAGCAGCGAAAGUUGGAACAAAAGAAAGCUUCUGAAGUCAGCGGGGAUACGAGAGCAUGGAACAGCUUUUAUAUGCGUCAAGAUACUAUUGUUGAAAACAUUGCAAGGAAAAAUGGUAUCAGUAAGAGUGAAUUACUUGAUAGAGAAGCAGAUGAUCUGGCUGUUCGUAUCGCUCUUGGUGAAACACAUGUCAUUGCGGAGACCAAGAAAUAUCUAUCUAGGUCAGGAGUUAAUGUUGCAGCACUGGAAGAACUUGCUUCCAAAAGAAAUGAGAAGUUAAAACGAAGCAACCAUGUGAUAUUGGUAAAGAACUUGCCAUUUAGUUCUUCUGAAGAAGAACUCGCAGCAAUGUUUCAGAAACACGGAAGUUUGGAUAAAAUCGUUCUACCUCCAACCAGAGUAUUUGCAUUGGUAGUCUUUGUUGAAGCAACAGAGGCUCGGCACGCAUUCAAAAAGUUGCUAUAUACUCGAUACAAGGAUACUCCUCUGUAUUUGGAGUGGGCUCCUGAGAACAUUUUAUCUCCUACCUCACAACCAGUGGAUGAGGAUGAAAAGAGUGCAGUUGGCGAGCGCAUUGUUACUAAAGCUAUUGUAGAGCAAACUGUGGAAGGAGUAAGCGCCGAAGAUAUCGAUCCUGACAGGGUGGAGUCACGAUCUGUGUUUGUCAAGAAUUUAAAUUUCAAGACAACAGAUGAAUCAUUGAAGCAGCAUUUCAGUACAAAGUUAAAGAGUGGCAAUCUUAAAAGUGUGAAGGUGAAGAAGCAUGUUAAGAAUGGCAAGAAUGUUUCUAUGGGAUUUGGUUUCGUUGAGUUUGACUCGGUUGAAACUGCAACAAAUGUGUGCAAGGAUCUUCAGGGAACGGUUCUGGAUGGACAUGCUUUGAUCUUGCAACUGUGUCAUGGGAGGAGAGAUGGUCAGGCCACAAAGAAGAAUGACAAGGAUAAAAGUUCAACAAAACUGCUUGUGCGUAAUGUAGCGUUUGAAGCAACUGAAAAGGACUUGAGGCAAUUAUUUAGUCCGUUUGGCCAGGUCAAAAGUGUCAGGUUGCCUAUGAAGUUUGGAACUCACAGAGGUUUCGCGUUCAUCGAAUAUGUCACAAAGCAAGAGGCACAGAAUGCUCUGCAAGCCCUCGCAAGCACUCAUCUCUAUGGUCGACACCUGGUGAUUGAGCGGGCAAAGGAAGGAGAGACUCUUGAAGAACUGCGAGCAAGAACUGCCGCACAGUUUGUGGAUGAACAUGGCAGUUUCCAGAGGUUGUCAAAAAAGAGGAAACAGAGCAGCCUCGUGGACGAAGGCUCUGUUAAAUUUUCAAGGAUAAUAGAAUGAUGUUCUGGAGCGAAUAUGAAGAAAAUUUUGACUGUUUUGUGUAAUCGUAUCAUUUCGUUAGGGAAAGUCUCCUGUUCAAGGUU